AUGAGAAAUAUAACACAGAAAGUCUAUUUUCCUCUCUCUCUCUCUCUCCCUCCCUCUCCCUCUCACACACACACAUACCACGCACACACACAAUCACACUCUCUCUCUCUCUCUCUCUCUCUCUCUCUCUCUCUCAAGCAUAAACACAUUUUUUUCUUUUUUACUGAACUCUUUUGCAAUAUUUCCUUCUUCUUCUUCUUCUUCUUCUUCUUCUUCUUCUUCUUUAUGUGCUCUAUCCCCUCAGGACCAAAAAUUCUUCCCAUUUCCCUUCUCUCUAAUUGUCCUAGUCAUUCUAUUUCUCUCCCAAAUGCUCUCUCUUUCAUCGCUUUUUACUAUCUCCCUUCCUUUUCUCUCGUUCCCGUUUCUUUCUCUCCUUCCUCUCCAAUUCAUUUCUUCGUCAAUUUAUUUACUUUUGUUCCUUACCGCCUCCCUUUAUGUCAUAUUUCUAUCCUUCGAUGUUUGAGCGCAUCUCUCCGCAAAAUCCACCUAUAG